AUGACCACUCUCAACGAACAAGGAUACCUCGAUCUGUGCGCACGCGUGAUCGAAGAGGGUGAAUCACGUGACGACCGAACCGGCACCGGGACUCUCUCUCUGUUUGCCCCCCCUCAGCUUCGAUUCGAUCUGUCCAACGACAUUCUUCCCCUGCUCACCACCAAGCGAGUCUUCUACCGAGGCGUUCUGGAGGAGCUUUUGUGGUUUGUGGCUGGAUGCACCGACGGCAAAAAACUGAGCGAGAAAAACAUUCACAUCUGGGACGGAAAUGGAUCUAAGGAGUUCCUGGAAAAGGCCGGGCUGGGCCACAGACGAGAGGGAGACCUGGGACCGGUCUAUGGCUUCCAAUGGCGCCAUUUCGGAGCCGAGUACAAGAAUUGUGACACGGAUUACACUGGCCAAGGCGUGGACCAGCUCAAACAGGUGAUACACACUCUCAGAACCAACCCUCACGACCGUCGAAUCAUUCUGUCUGCAUGGAACCCCGCCGAUCUCCCAAAGAUGGCGCUUCCUCCCUGUCACAUGUUUUGCCAGUUUUAUGUGUCGUACAAAAACUCGGAACGAGGACGUCUGUCGUGUCAGCUGUAUCAGCGAUCAUGUGACCUGGGUCUUGGAGUCCCCUUCAACAUUGCCUCCUACGCUCUGCUCACCCGAAUGAUUGCCCAGGUCACCGAUUUGGACUGUGGAGAGCUCAUUCACACCAUGGGAGACGCCCAUGUGUACAAGGAUCACGUGGACGCACUCAAGCAGCAGAUUGCUCGAACGCCAGGCCAGUUCCCCAAGCUCACUUUUGCACGAGAUAUCAAGGACAUUGACGGUUUCAACUACGAGGACUUUGUGCUCGAGGGAUACAAGCCCCAGUCCAAGAUUGAGAUGCAGAUGAGCGUUUAG